AUGAUCACUCCUAUCCCUAUCUCAUUAAUAACGAUCCACGGCUGGGUGACCCAGCAGCGCGCACUUUCCAGUUCGUGUCUUGCUCUGGUGCAGUCACAGCCGAUGUCCUCGACAAACAGAUCCCUAAAAUCAGCGGGAACCAGCAAGUCAUCUUGCUAUCAAUCGUCGGCUGCAGUCAAGAGAGCCGGUUCCCAGGUCAAAUUUGUAGACUACGACUCUUGGGAAGGCCAUUUCAAUGGCCGCUUUUGUGACAACGGCGUCGACGAAUCAACAGACAAAAGCAACACAAGAACCGGUCUCAUGUUCUACGAGCUGAAUACGUGGGAUCUCUUGGGCGGAAGUCCCUGGAAGCGGAGCGACAAUCAGCCAUUCGAAGGAACUUUUGAGGGCACUGUGAACAAAUUCGCGCAGAUUACACGUCUGAUAGAUCCAGAUGCCAAGUUCACAGAACAGGCCUUUAUCUCCGACGCCGGCACUGCUUCUGUUGCCUCAUUCAACCGAACUAGUCGAUGGUGCUAG